GCGCAGACCAUCGUCUGGAGGUGACGUCACCGACAGGGCGGGGCCAACAUUCCAACUGCCGUCUACUUUUGUCUCUACGUGGAGGAGGCAGGACUGCACACUGGACGCUGUCUGGACUUUCAGGCGCACCGACAUCUCACAUUUCUCUGAGUGACCCACUCAGGUCAAUCACAGAAAAAUGUCUGGAAACAUAUCAAAAGAGGAUAUAGAGGAGAUGAGGGAGUCCUUUGGGAAAUUUGAUCUGGACGGCAAUGGAUUUAUUUGUGAUUAUGAACUCCACGAAGUCCUCAAAGAGUCCGGCCAUCCCCUCCCAAGAUACAUGGUUCGAGAGAUCGUUCAGAAACUGGAUCGCGACAAGGAUAACAGGAUCAGCUUUGAAGAGUUUUUGUCGAUUGUCAAGGAGUUAAAGGGUAGUGAAAUAGCAAAAACUUUCCGGAAGGCCAUCAACAAAAAGGAAGGCAUCCUGGCAAUUGGAGGGACUUCUGAGCUAUCCAGCGAAGGGACACAACACUCGUUCUCUGAGGAGGAGCGAUAUGCCUUUGUGAACUGGAUCAACACGGCUCUGGAAAAUGACCCUGACUGCCAACACGUCCUGCCCAUGGAUCCCAACACAGACUCUCUUUUCAAGUCUGUCAAAGAUGGUAUAGUCCUCUGCAAAAUGAUCAACCUGUCAGUUCCAGACACUAUUGAUGAGAGGACCAUCAAUAAGAAGAAAAGAACACUGUUUACAGAGCAGGAGAAUCUCAACCUGGCCCUCAACUCAGCGUCUGCUAUCGGCUGCCAUGUGGUGAACAUCGGUGCUUUAGACCUGAGCGAGGGGAAGCCCCAUCUGGUACUGGGCCUGCUGUGGCAGAUCAUCAAAAUUGGCCUGUUUGCUGACAUUGAGCUCAGCCGAAAUGAAGCACUGGCAGCCCUGCUAAGAGACGGGGAAACCCUGGAGGACCUGAUGAAGUUGUCUCCAGAAGAACUGCUGUUGCGCUGGGCAAACUAUCACCUGGAAAAUGCUGGCCAGCCUAAGAUAAACAACUUCAGCUCUGACAUCAAGGACUCCAGGGCCUAUUUCCACCUACUGAACCAAAUCUCUCCAAAAGGCACAGAUGAAGACAAGCCAUGCAUAGACAUCAGCAUGGCAGGCCUCAGUGAGAAAGACGACGUGAAGAGGGCAGAGGCCAUGCUGCAGCAGGCUGACAGGCUUGGCUGUCGACAGUUUGUCACUCCAAAUGACGUCGUCAGCGGAAACCCCAAACUCAACCUUGCCUUUGUGGCCAAUCUUUUCAACAAAUAUCCAGCACUGACCAAACCUGAGAACGAGGACAUUGAUUGGGGACUGUUGGAAGGUGAGACACGGGAAGAAAGGACAUUCAGAAACUGGAUGAACUCACUGGGAGUGAACCCACAUGUCAACCAUCUGUAUGGAGAUCUACAGGAUGCCAUGGUCAUCCUUCAACUCUAUGAGAAGAUUAAAGUCAGCGUCGACUGGAACAACAAAGUCAACAUGCCUCCUUACCCCAAACUGGGAACCUACAUGAAAAAGUUGGAGAAUUGUAACUAUGCAGUGGAACGGGGCCAUGAAGCUAAGUUCUCCCUUGUUGGAAUCGCUGGGGUCGACCUGAUUGAUGGCAACCCUACCCUGACCCUGGCUCUGGUGUGGCAGCUGAUGAGAAGAUAUACGUUGAAUGUGCUGGAAGACCUGGGUGAGGGACAGAAAGUAAACGAUGACAUCAUUGUAAAAUGGGUGAACAAAACAUUGGCGGAAGCUGGAAAAACAACAAAGAUUUCAAGCUUUAAGGACAAAGACAUCAGCAGCAGCAUGGCAGUACUGGAACUGAUAGACGCCAUCCAGCCAAACUGUGUCGACUAUGAUCUGAUAAAAACCGGCAGUCUCAGUGAGGAAGACAAGCUAGAAAAUGCCAAAUAUGCCGUCUCUAUGGCGAGGAAAAUCGGAGCCCGUGUCUAUGCCCUCCCAGAAGAUCUCGUUGAGGUCAGAUGCAAAAUGGUGAUGACGGUGUUUGCCUGCUUGAUGGGUCGGGGAAUGAAGCGGUGUUAAGAGACUGUCCGAGAUCAUAGUGACACUUUACCAACUACCCCCAAGCCAUUUUGAAAGAGCAAGAGCUCUCCCAACUGAAGAAAUGAAGAGACAAAGAUUUUUUUGUUGUUGUCAUAUGAGAAUAACAUGAUGAUAUGAAGUACAAAAUCCGAAUUUGCAUGUAUCCCACCUCUUUUGAGGUGUUUACUGAAGUAUGUGCUUUUCUCUUAUUUAAAAAUGAGUCCAAAAUACUAAAAUGUCCAAAGAGAAGGCUCGUUACUUGUUACAUUCAAUAUGCCAACUUCCUGUUCGAUGUAUAAGAAUACCGUUUUAUAAAGCCAAUAUGCAUAUUUCCAGCUGCAAGGUUGUUUACAUAUUUUUACUCUGACUCAUAAGUAAAUACUAUCCAUGAAUUAGAAACACACACAUUCCUGAUUACUAUACUGAUGAUGAAAUGCUUGACCAGGUAAAGAAAAAUGUCAGAGGUGGAAUAUUUAGGUGAAGCACAGGUUGAAAAAACACCCAAACCUCCUCUCUUAUUUAAUCAAGUACAAGCAUGUCUUAAUAACUGGCACUAUGAACUUAUACAUAUCGCUAUACAGAAGCCAUACGGUCAAGUUAUAGAAAUGACCAGCCUGAUGUGCUGUCUGUAUUCCUUUGCUCGUCUUCUUUGUUUCUUGGGAUUAUUACAGGAGGUAAACGCUGUUUUGGUGAACUGUCUGGUCUAUGAUGUAAGGGAAUUUUUUUUUUUCUGUCUGUUACGUUGGAUGAGGAGCCGGCCGACUGGACUCUGCUGGCUUCUGCUGUGCCUUCUUAUAUCAAAGAUGACUUGUAAAAGCUUUGAGGUUUUCUGUUUUAUUAUUGUACUCAACAUUACCAAAUAUAAACAGUUACUUCAUUCCAGGUAGUUUGAUGAUACUCAGUGACAGCGGCCAAAUUGUAUUUGGUGUCUUGUUCAUGUCUACCCUAAAGUGCUUUACAAUAAAUAUGAAUUUUAAAGCUA